AUUAAAUAAUGGGAAACGAUAUGCAAAGAGUGUAAUAAUUAGGGGAUAGUAUAAGAUAAUUGAGAGAAGAUAUGGAUGCAUUAUCAAAAAUUGCCCCUUAAGUUGAAAAGAUGAUUGCUUUAUCAAGUACUUUAGAGUCAACAACUAAAAAUGUAAAUUUAUUUCAUUAUUAUUAGAUUAACGAAAAUAUGUCUAAAGUAAGUAAGACUGUUUCAGAAGUAGAUGAGAAAGCAAAAAAAGCUAAAGAAUUAAUAGAUAAAAUUCCUGGAGGUAAUUAAAUAAAGUCAUUCUUUUGAGAAUUUUACACAUUUUAUUUAAUUCAAUAAUUUAGAUUAUGU